ACUUGUUCUCUAUUGUUGUUGACGAUAUCAGAUCUCGUCAUUCUGUUGUUGUGGCUUAACUGGAAUUGUUCUGUUGUUGAUUGUGUAUACACCUUUUGUCGGAGCUGUUGUUCCGAUGGAUAAAGCUUGGGUUUGGUUACCAAGGAAUAGCCUUGAGUAUGAGGAAGGAGCAACUAAGUUUGUGCUUGAUGCAACAAGUUGUUUGGGUAAUGUAUUAGCUAUGUUCUGUCCUUGCGUUGAUUGCCGGAAUGUGGUUCAUCAGUCAAAUGAGACAGUGUUGGAGCAUCUAGUGAUUAGAGGGAUGGAUCUUAAGUACAAGAGAAGCAAAUGUUGGAGUAAACACGGGGAGAUAAGUGAUAAGACAGCAGAUGUUCAUGCGUCUGAAAAUGAGGCUUAUGACUUGUUUAGGACAGCUUUUAUGGAAAGCGAGGGCAAGCAAUCAUCUCAGCAGAAUAAUGUAGAAGAGUCUGAAACAGUAGAGAGGUUAAUCCUUCUUGUGUGUUCUGUCAUGAAUUACAGAAACCAGAAACCUUUUGUUGUUCACAUGUCACUACUCAAGGGAAUUUUGGUCAAGCCUCACCUCAAAACUUCUUACUCGACAGUACUCUACUAUUCUCAAGCUCCUCACGGACAAGACAUUGGAAAAGGAUCGUUUGUUUCUGUUAAGAUAUACAUUCCAGAUUACCGUUUACUCCAUAUGGAAAGAAAAAAACAGUAGAAGAUAUGGCGAAAAUCCACUUCAAUCAAUCCACUUACUAAAAAAGCUAGACAAGGAUUUUCGAAACAGGAAAUAUUCCAUAAGAGAGCAAGGAGAUGGAAGAUAUAAAGGAUGUAUGGCGGUUUGGUUUGCAACAAGAUAAGAAAGAUCUGUUUUUUCU